CUCCCUGUCCGCGCCCGCCGGCCCUCCGCUCCGUCCUGCAGCUGCCCACUGCCCUCUCGCCGCCCACCAUGGCCCUGCUGCACUCCGGCCGCGUCCUGUCGGGGGCCGCCGCCGCCCUCCACCCAGGCCUCGCUGCCGCGGCUUCCGCCAGAGCCAGCUCCUGGUGGGCCCAUGUGGAGAUGGGGCCCCCAGAUCCCAUCCUGGGAGUCACAGAAGCCUAUAAGAGAGACACCAACAGCAAAAAGAUGAAUCUGGGAGUUGGUGCCUACCGGGAUGAUAAUGGAAAGCCUUACGUGCUCCCUAGUGUCCGGAAGGCGGAAGCCCAAAUGGCUGCAAAAAAUUUGGACAAAGAAUACCUGCCCAUUGGGGGACUGGCUGAGUUCUGUAAGGCAUCUGCAGAGCUGGCCCUGGGGGAGAAGAGCGAAGUGUUAAAAAGUGGCCGGUAUGUCACCGUGCAGACCAUUUCUGGGACUGGGGCCUUAAGGAUCGGAGCCAAUUUUCUGCAAAGAUUUUUUAAGUUCAGCCGAGAUGUCUUUCUGCCCAAACCAUCCUGGGGAAAUCACACCCCCAUCUUCAGGGAUGCUGGCCUGCAGCUACAGGGUUACCGGUACUAUGACCCCAAGACGUGCGGCUUUGACGUCACAGGCGCCCUAGAAGACAUUUCAAAAAUACCACAGCAGAGUGUUAUUCUCCUGCACGCCUGUGCCCACAAUCCCACAGGAGUGGACCCUCGCCCUGAGCAGUGGAAGGAAAUAGCAACAGUGGUGAAGAAAAACAAUCUCUUUGCAUUCUUUGACAUGGCCUACCAAGGCUUUGCCAGUGGUGAUGGUGACAAGGAUGCCUGGGCUGUACGCCACUUCAUCGAACAGGGCAUUAAUGUCUGUCUCUGCCAAUCCUAUGCCAAGAACAUGGGCUUAUACGGUGAGCGUGUGGGAGCCUUCACUAUGGUCUGCAAAGAUGCUGAUGAAGCCAAAAGGGUGGAGUCCCAGUUGAAGAUCUUGAUCCGGCCCAUGUAUUCCAACCCUCCUCUCAACGGGGCCCGGAUUGCCUCGACCAUUCUGACCAGCCCUGAUCUGCGAAAACAAUGGUUGCAAGAAGUAAAAGGCAUGGCCGACCGCAUCAUUGGCAUGCGGACUCAGCUGGUCUCCAACCUCAAGAAGGAGGGCUCCUCCCACAAUUGGCAGCACAUCACUGACCAGAUCGGCAUGUUUUGUUUCACGGGACUAAAGCCUGAGCAGGUGGAGCGGCUGACCAAGGAGUUCUCCAUCUACAUGACAAAGGACGGCCGCAUCUCUGUGGCAGGGGUCACCUCGGGCAACGUGGGCUACCUUGCUCAUGCCAUUCACCAGGUCACCAAGUAAUUUCCCUGGAGAGAGGGAACAGAGACAACCUUCCUGUCUUCAGCCCCUGCUGUUGUGAGAUCCACAUGGAGGAAGAGGGAGGGUGGAUGGUGGUGAGCAGAUCAUUUCCUUCAACCACAGUACGUAACACUCAGCGAUUCAACGUGUUUCUCAGAAAAGAACGUGUAGUGAGAUAGGGCAGAGGCACCUGUGGCUGGUGUCUGGCACUUUGUGGCUCAAACCAAACUCUCCCUCAUCCCUUUAUCUCCAGCUUUUCCGAAAGAGUUUACACGUACAAGAAGGGCAUAGCCCAAAAAAACCUAUCAGUCACACCAUUGCAAUAUUUCAGAAGCUUUAACUGAAGCCCCUUAUGAUGUUGGCAGUUGCUCUGUAGAUCAGCAUGAAAAUAGCACAUAUGAGAGGCUGUGUGAGGAGACCUAGUUGUCACAUUCACAGGCAGCUUCAUGUUAGCCCUCCUGUGACUGAGUAACCUUAUCAACAGACUGUAUUAUAGAAAUCGUGUUUUAGGAAAAUCAGCGAGUCUGCUGCCACUACAGCAAAGAAUAUAAAAGAUACUGUUUCCUGUCAUAUUUAAGAAAAAAAGAAAGAAGGUGCUCCUUUUUAAUACCUGCAGGCAUUUUAAUGUUCCUCUCUUCUCCCUUAUCACUGCUGUUCAUUUACUUAGGCACAAAGGUCUAUAACUAGCCUAGAUUUUCAUCCUGUUCUGCUUGAUUGAUCAUCAACUCCAUACUAUAGAAUAUGCUUAUUUGAAGAAUGAAGAACAUAAUUUACUGCUCAUCCCAUACCCUCACCUUUCUCGGCAGAGAAUAGCGGAGAGUAGGUAACUGCACUUUAUUUCAGCAUCCUCUUCGGGAAGUGUUUAAUUGUCUCCCGUCGGGAUGUUGCCUCUGCCCAGUUGGACCUCGUACCUUCGUUCAGUGUGGUUGUGCAGUCACUCAUCUCACAUCAUGAGACGGGCAUCGCAGGGUAGAACCAGGAAAGAGGACUUUCUGGGCUUUGGUCUUAACCUUUGUGUGCUGCCAGCUGGGCUCAAGCUUCACCCUUUGGAAAGAUAACCACCAUCUGCUCUAAUCAUGUAGACUUGUUGCAGCCUGGUUUCUCUGUUACAAUAAAGUUACUGUAGACCCAA